CCCUGUGGAGUGAGAGGAGGGACUGUGAGAACAGCCUGGCUGAGUGGAGGACAGUUUCAGCACAGUCAGGUUUGUGUGUGUAGAACUGUAGCAGGCAGAGGAAGGCGUGACCUGCAUGGAGAAUGCCAGACAACUCCAGACACACACACACACACACACACAAAUCUGUAUUGAACAAAGAUAAGGCAGACAGAGGAGCGUUUGGGACAAGACAGCCUAUACCAAAAACACCCUCAGUGCAAGCAGAUCAGAAAACACAAACAGCAGCAAAAUGAGGUACCUUUUGGCCUGGUCCCUUUGUGCCUUCCUAUUUGGUAGUGCAGCUGCCAUUGAGUUAACAGACAUGUUUGGGGAGAUCCAGUCCCCUAACUUCCCAGAUUCCUACCCCAGUGACUCGGAAGUGACUUGGAAUAUUUCUGUGCCAGAUGGAUUUAGAAUCAAGCUCUACUUCAUGCAUUUUGACCUGGAAUCGUCCUACCUCUGUGAAUAUGACUACGUGAAGGUUGAGGCUGAAGACCAAGUCUUGGCAACUUUCUGUGGCAGGGAGACGACAGACACAGAGCAGGCCCCCGGGCAGCAGGUGGUCUUGUCUCCAAGUUCUUACAUGGGCCUCACGUUCAGAUCUGACUUCUCCAAUGAGGAGCGCUUCACUGGCUUUGACGCCCAUUACACAGCAGUGGAUGUGGACGAGUGCCUGGAAAAGAGCGAUGAGGAGCUGGCCUGCGACCACAACUGCCACAAUUACAUCGGGGGGUACUACUGCUCCUGCCGAUUUGGCUACAUCCUGCACUCUGACAACAGGACCUGCAAAGUGGAGUGCAGCAGCAACCUCUUCACCCAGAGAAGUGGGGUGAUCACCAGCGCCGACUUCCCCAGCCCCUAUCCCAAGAGCUCCGACUGCCUGUACCGCAUCGAGUUGGAGGAAGGCUUCCUCAUCAGCCUGCAGUUCGAAGACAGCUUCGACAUUGAGGACCACCCGGAGGUGUCCUGCCCCUACGAUUACAUCAAGAUUAAAGCUGGUCGGAAGGAGUUUGGCCCUUUCUGUGGGGAAAAAUCCCCAGGACGUCUUGAAACCCAAAGCAAUAGCGUUCAGAUCCUGUUCCACAGCGACAGCUCAGGAGAGAACCAAGGGUGGAAGUUAUCCUACACAGCAAUCGGGAACCCGUGCCCACUGGUGCAGCCGCCAAUCAACGGGAAAAUCGAGCCCUCGCAGGCCAAGUACACUUUUAAGGACCAGGUGGUCAUCAGCUGCAACACCGGCUACAACGUGCUAAAGGAUAACGUGGAGAGUGACUCCUUCCAGAUCGAGUGUCUGAAGGACGGAACAUGGAGCAACAAGAUCCCCAUCUGCAAAAUUGCGGACUGCAAAGCACCGGUGGAGCUGGAACACGGGUCCGUCACCUUCGCCACAAGGAACAAUCUCACCACGUACCGGUCAGGGGUCCGGUACUCCUGCCAGCGACCCUACUAUCAGAUGGCCCCAAAUAUCACCGGCACGUACAUCUGUGAUGCUAAGGGGGUGUGGAAGAGCGAGGAGCUGGGGACCAAGCUGCCGUCUUGUCGACCAGUGUGUGGCCAGCCAGUUCGCCCUCUCCCCGGGAUAAUCAAGCGCAUCAUUGGAGGGCGGAACGCAGAGCCCGGCUUCUUCCCUUGGCAGGCCCUGAUCGUAGUGGAGGACACGUCCAGGGUCCCCAACGACAAGUGGUUCGGCAGCGGGGCCCUCCUCUCUGACUCCUGGGUGCUAACGGCGGCUCACGUCCUCCGCUCCCAGCGCCGGGACAACACCAUCAUCCCAGUGUCCAAGGAACACGUCACAGUCUACCUGGGCCUACAUGACGUGAGGAACAAGAAGGAUGCCAUCAACCGGACGGUGGAGGAGAUCAUCCUGCACGGGGGAUUUGACAUCCAGAACUACAACCAUGACAUCGCCCUGGUCAAGCUGAAGGAGAAGGUGAUCAUGGAUGCCUACGUAAUGCCAGUCUGCCUGCCCCAGUUUGAGCACGAGCUGGAAGGGCCUCACCCCAACACCUUGGGCCUGGUGGCUGGCUGGGGCAUCUCCAACCCCAACAUCACCGUGGACGAGAUCAUCAGCUCGGGGAUGAGGACGCUGUCCGACAUCCUGCAGUACGUCAAGCUGCCGGUGGUACUGCAUGCCGAGUGCAAGACCAGCUACGAGUCCCGCUCGGGCAACUACAGCGUGACUGAGAAUAUGUUCUGUGCUGGCUAUUAUGAAGGGGGGAAGGACACCUGCCUGGGAGACAGCGGAGGAGCCUUCGUCAUUCAGGACCCCAGGACCCAGAGGUGGGUGGCCCAAGGCCUGGUCUCGUGGGGUGGGCCAGAAGAGUGCGGAAGCAAGCAAGUGUACGGGGUGUACACCAAAGUGUCUAACUACGUGGACUGGGUGGGGGAGAAGAUGGGAUCCUCACACAGGUGGACAUUCCUGGAUCCUGAGCUGAAGAGAUGAGCUCGCCCCAGCCAGCAGGCACGAUUCUGGUCUUCUGCAACGCUCAGUCCCCUACAGCCUUAUUUCACGAGGUUUGCUUGGCAUCACGUUCCUUCAUGUGCGGUCGUAGGAAACGUCCGCUCAGCGGCUCAUGGGAUGUGAGCUGGUGGACCUCAGCCAGGUUCCUUAGCGGGACAGGCAUCCACGUCACCCAGAAGAUACCUCCGCGGCUACCUGGCCCCUGUGCCGGCAUCUGCGCAGAGGGGCCAAGGACUGGGUGGGGCUGUGGAGACUGACCUGCACCCUCACGCUUGCUGAGGGAUGGUUCCUUCAGGUCAGGGUUGACGUACCCUCACGGGGGAAGCCGUGCCCUGCCGCUGCCUGACCUGCACCCCGCGCUGUGCAGAGAGGCCAUCAGCACCCAGAGCUGUCAAGCCAGCACAUUCCACCAGCACUACACCCACUUCUGAAAUUCCCCCGGGGCGGGGAGAGGCAGGAAAGCCCAGCUGAAGUGACACAGGGCCCACAAAGCCCCUCACCCUGACUCCAGACAAAGAGCUCACCUCCUUGAUAGCGAUAACAGGGGAGGGGAGGGGGUUCUUGCUGAUCUCUUUAUCCUGCUUUAUCUUCAAACCAAGCUCCCUUCAGCACCAGGCGGUCAGUGGUGUCCUAACAUCAGUCCAGAAUAAAGGCCAUGGUUCCACCAGGGCUUCUGGCUAGGUCAAGGCACCAGAAUCUGCCCUUAACUGACAUGCAUUUGGGGACGGGGGUCACUGACCAGAAUUCAGAGUGAAACAAGAUAUCCCAGCUCUGUCCUCUGAGGCCAGAUCCUGAUAUCGUUUACACUGGUGUAGAUCCAGAGUCACUCCACUGACUUCAGCAACUCCUGGAUUGAUGUUCACCAUCAGCUCCAAAUCGAGCCCACCCAGUGCAUGCUUUCCCUGCUGUUUCCGCCUCCAUCUUCUCUGCGCUGAGACGCCACAGCUGCUAAACUCGGAGCUGGCUUUUCAGUGUGGACGCACAGGAGCAAAGGGUGUGAAAUCCAUCCUGCUCCCUUCCAUUGGUGCCCUAGGCUGGGGUCUGGGUGGAGGUUUCCUUGCUCCCUUUCCUAGGAUAGCAUCAGUUCUUUAGCGAUGAUGAGGCUAUGCCCACUACACCUGUGGCAUGAGAAGCCUAUAAGCACAGCACACAGAGGUUCAGUGAUUGAGAGACCUCUGCACUGCACUACACCCAGGCUUUUCCGUCUUCCCCCUACAAAGCACAGACUGCCAAGCAAUGGCCUGAGCUUCAUCCCAGAUGGGGAGAGUCCGGGUGCAUUUCAUGGCACUUACUACGCACGACCCUUUCCCUGUUCUAGAGUCCAGUGGGCCCCAUUGUCCGCGCUGAGCGUGUGAUGCUGUGACUUGCAGCGUGUGCGUUGGAGCUUAACACUAUCAAUGCCUGGUGAGAGGACGAAUCCCUCUUGCUAGCAAACCCAGCUUGUUCUGAGAGCGAGAUGGGCAGAGUAUAAAGCAGAAUAAAGCCAGGCAAAGGAGUUUCCACGCUACACGCACGCGCACUGCAAUACAGUCUUCCCUCUCUUCCAGGGCUGUGUGGCUUGGCAGGCAUUUGCAAUCCUUUCCUUGCACUUCAUUUCCAGUGGGGUAUGCCCCAUGUGAGUUCUGCUUUGAGUUGGAGGGUUCCCAAAGCCAAAUCUCCCAUGUUUCCCUUGGUUGCACAUUGAAGCCACAUAAAACUCCUGAGUUUGGAUACCUUCAGCAUGACUCCAAAAACUGACCCAGAUUUGGGCAGAAGUCAACCCCAGGUUCACUGGAGACUUGUUUCUGGGUGUGGUGCAUGUCACAGCUACUGGGCAAACGGCACUGCUGACCCCUCCUGGUCUCUGAGUGCCUCCCCCAUCCUGAGCCUCAAGCCUCGAGUCGUCAGCUGGCGUAGGGUGGAAUCACGCGAUUCUCCCUCUCUCAGACUGGGUCGGGACUACAGUCCCAUUACGUUCAGCUCCUGCAAUGGAGCGUGACGGUGGUACCCAGUGACCAGAUGCCUCCUUAAAGCAAAGUGUUUAUUUACAGCAAAAGCAUUUCAGCGAAAGCGGCUCUUACAAACCAAAAAAACCACACUCUGUACAUGUCUAGCUCGCCAGGUGUUUAAACUCUCUCCUCUGUGUACUUGUGAGCCCCCAUGUACACUCACAUAGCGAUGCCGGUUAGUAAAACACGGAAGGGUAGCUGCUCUCUGAUGGAUACCUGCAUAUAGCUUCUGUUGGGCCAAACCUUACUAUUCUGGCUUGUUUUUACUCAGACCUGGGGAGUUUUACCUGGGUAUGGGGUGAGCAAACACUGAACUAGACCCUCAGGCUUUGACCCACAAUCAUUUAAGCAAUGCAGAUAGCAGCAAGAGGAGCGAGAUCCUCCGGAGACCAAAGGAACAUGUCUGUGGUACACACAUGCUACGGCCUGUAAUCCCGACUACGCCACGUAGUUAGAAGAUAUUAUAUUUUUUGUACUCUAUUCUGUCAGCUGUCGAAUGCUGCGUAUGGACUGUCUGUAUCAUUCUUACCGGGAAGGAAAUAAAGCCCUGGUAUGAACAAA